CGAUCAGCAAAUUCUCGAAUCAAAACAAAUUUUUGUACGUAUUGAGAAGUUCUAAACGAUGCAUUACGAGAUGAAGUCAUCAGCAAUCCUGCUGCUCUUGGUCCUUUUUACACUCGGACACACGAGUGAUACUGGGAACACGGUGGAAAUGAUCAAAUAUUUCUGUCCAUCUACUCAAGCAAUUGUCACAAGUUUAAAGGGCGAGGUGUCUUCGGCUGUAGUCAAUCUGGAUGUCAAGGUUGGAGAAUUGAAGGACGAAGCGGAGGCUACAGCCAUGACAAUAGUCAGUUUGAAAGAUAUCGUGAAGGACCUUAUCGCACAAGUGGAUCAGCUUACUAAAGCAAGCGCAGACGUCUCAAAGAACUUCGUCCAUUCGUUUGGCGAUUGCCCGAACACCUACACAGACUUCAACAUCGACCACCAGACUUACAUAUCUUUGGCGGAUUGUGGAUUUAAGUGUUCAGCAAUGAGUAGGUGCAGGUCUUUCCAAUGGAGAAAAAACGAAUGCUGGUUAAAAUCGAAAAACUGUUUGGACCAUGAGCUGCUGUAUACGGAUAAUCCGGCCUACAAUCAGUUCAGAAAGGCGACUUAAAUAUCGAAGACACCGGAAAUAUUUAAAAUGAAAACCGGAAAUUGUAUUCCAUAGAAUGAAAAAAUUCCUAGACGGAACGCUUUUAUAACUCUGUAACGCAGAAAAAUCAUGGCGACUACAGUCUACAAUCAUGUUCACGUACCUUGAUUUAAUAAACUAGGUCACAUGCUUUGUCA